UCCUAUCUAUAAAUACCUACUCUCGCCCUACUGGUCUUUUCACUUCAUUGCCAUCCUACAAGAUCUCUCUCCCUCUCUCUCUCUCUCUCUCUCUCCCUCUCUCAUCUCUCUCAAGAAGAUCAGCAUAAGAUCAGCAUUUCUUGAAUCCAUUAGGUUCUUUUCCGGAGAGACCCAAAUCAUGGAAUGCUUUAAGCUGUUCAAAGAGAGCAAGGACGGAGAAGGAAAGAUCAAGAAAGGGGAGGAGGUUUUGACCCGCGAUGGAGCCGUCGACCGCCAUGGACGACCGGCAGUACGAGGGAAGACCGGAACAUGGGUCGCCGGGAUUUUGAUACUCGUGAACCAGGGGCUGGCCACGCUGGCGUUCUUCGGGGUCGGGGUGAACCUGGUGCUGUUCCUGACGCGGGUGAUGGGCCAGGACAACGCGAGCGCAGCCAACAACGUCAGCAAGUGGACGGGCACCGUCUACAUCUUCUCGCUGCUCGGGGCCUUCCUCAGCGACUCGUACUGGGGCCGGUACAAGACCUGCGCCGUCUUCCAGGCCAUCUUCGUCAUUGGCUUGGCCGCACUAUCACUGUCGUCCUACAUAUUCUUGCUGAAGCCCCGAGGCUGCGGAGACGAGCAGACGCAAUGCGGGCGCCACUCGGGGUUCGAGACAGCGGUGUUCUACCUCUCCAUCUAUAUGGUGGCCCUCGGAAACGGAGGGUACCAGCCCAACAUAGCGACGUUCGGGGCGGACCAGUUCGACGAGGAGGACCCCAGGGAAGGGCACUCCAAGAUAUCCUUCUUCAGCUACUUCUACCUGGCCCUCAACCUCGGCUCCCUGUUCUCCAACACCAUCCUCGGCUACUUCGAGGACGAGGGCAUGUGGGCGCUCGGGUUCUGGGCCUCCACGGCCUCGGCUGCGCUCGCCCUCGUCCUGUUCCUCUGCGGGUCCCCUUGGUACCGGCACUUCCGGCCUAGGGGCAACCCUCUAUCCAGGUUUUGCCAGGUCCUGGUCUCGGCGACGAGGAAGUGGAGGGUCGAGACGGAGCCGACGGAGGAAGUUCUGUUCGAAGUGGACGCCGGAGAUUGCGCUGCUGGCGGCGAGAGGAGGAUUCUCCACACCACAGGAUUCAAGUUCUUGGACAAAGCAGCGAUCAUCACGCCAACUGACUUCAUUCAAGACUGCAACAGCAGCAGCAGCAGGCUCCAACCUCCCCAGAAUAAUCCAUGGCGUCUCUGCACAGUCACCCAAGUCGAAGAGGUCAAGUGCAUCCUGAGGCUCCUCCCCAUCUGGCUCUGCACCAUCCUCUACUCCGUCGUCUUCACCCAGAUGGCAUCCCUCUUCGUCGAGCAAGGCGCCGGCAUGAGGGCCACCUUCGGGGGCUUCCACAUCCCCCCCGCGAGCAUGUCGAGCUUCGACAUCCUCAGCGUUGCCGCCUUCAUCUUCAUUUACCGCCGCAUCCUUGACCCCGUCGUCGCCCGGGUCCGCACCAAGCCCCACGGCCUCACCCAGCUGCAGCGCAUGGGGGUCGGCCUCAUCGUCGCGAUCCUCGCCAUGGUUGCGGCUGGCACCGUCGAGCACUUCAGGCUCAAGUACGCGGACAAGAGCUGCUCGAGCUGCGAGGGCUCCAGCUCGCUCAGCAUCUUCUGGCAGGUCCCGCAGUACGUGCUGAUCGGGGCGUCCGAGGUCUUCAUGUACGUGGGGCAGCUCGAGUUCUUCAACGCGCAGGCCCCCGACGGGCUCAAGAGCUUCGGGAGCGCGCUGUGCAUGACGUCGAUCUCGCUUGGGAACUACGUGAGCAGCUUGCUGGUGACGAUGGUGAUGAAGUUCUCCGCGAGGGACGACAUGCCCGGCUGGAUCCCGAGGAACCUGAACCGAGGGCAUCUGGAUAGGUUCUACUUCUUGCUGGCCGCGCUGACCGCGGCCGACUUCUUCGUCUAUCUUUUGUGCGCCAAAUGGUACCAAUGCAUCGAGUUCGCGAGGCCGAGCAAAGAGAUCGACGGCGACGGCGACGACUACGAUGGACAUGGAGUCGGAGAGCUUAAUAGAGUGUGAAGUGCUAGUGGAGGAGAGAGAGGUGGCGCUAGUGCAAUGUAAGACGAGUAUAUAUAAAUCGUGAGGACAAGUCCAGGAGAAAGGGAAUUGAAUGGUGAGCUAUGAAAGUUUGGUGUGGCCUUAUUUCAUGACCAUGCCGGUGGAGCUCAUCGAUGCUUUUUUUGUGCAAAAAAGUGUAUGGACAGUCUAUUUAAUAACAAGCUACUUGGAGACUCAAGAGACUAAGCUUGAACUAUA